CGUCUCGUUCCUCUCGAAAUGGCUGCUUGGCCGCGGGACCUGUGGAACAAUUGGUCCAUCCAAAUCCUGGUGCUCCUCAGCCUCGUUCUCCAAGUCGCCCUGUUCCUCUUCGCCGGGAUCCGCCGGCGUGGAGCGCACCCUGUGCUCCGGUUCCUGCUCUGGCUGGCGUACCAGCUGUCCGACUACACGGCGACCUACGCACUCGGCCACCUCUCCCUCAAGGGCGCGCCGCGUGAUCACCCGAUCGUGGCCUUCUGGGCUCCGUUCUUGCUGCUGCACCUGGGAGGCCCCGACAACAUCACCGCCUACUCUCUGGAGGACAGCAAGCUCUGGAAGCGCCACCUGCUGCACGCCAUCCUCCAGGUCUUGGGAGCCGUGUACGUGCUCUACGAGCACGUCGCGGACGAGGGGGCUUUGCUCCGGCUUGCCUCCGCCUUGAUGUUCGCCGUCGGCGCCGUCAAGUACGGCGAGAAGACAUGGGCGCUCAUGCGCGGCAACCUGGACACCAUCCGCGGCUCCGUCAGGAAGCAACCACCGGCCAUGCACCGGCAUUUCCAUUCUCAAGACAGAGUGUUCAAGGAUGCGGUAUUGGACGAGGAAUCCCUGGUGCGACGAGCGCACUCGUUGUUCCACAUCUGCAAGCGCGCCAUAGUGGAUUACCCGGUGAUCGAAGACGACGCAGCGGACGGACAAGAAGGCGCCACCGAGAUGGUGGCCGGGGUGAAGCUAUGGCGGCUGAUGGAAACCGAGCUGUCUCUCAUGUACGACAUGCUCUACACCAAGGCGCCCGUCAUUCACACCUGGUUCGGCUACUCGGUACGUCUCAUCUCGCCGUUCGCCAUUGUCGCCUCGCUGCUCUUGUUCAAGCUCGUUGGCAAGCACGCCCACCGUGGGGCUGACGUGAACAUCACCUACGUCCUGUACGGCGGCGCAUUCUUCAUGGAGACGACGUCGCUGCUGAACGCGCUAGGCUCCUCGUGGACGUUCGCCUUCCUGAGCACCACUAGAUGGCGAUGGCUUCGGUACGCGGCUCUGUGCAACGAGAGGUGGGAUCGGCUUAGGCGCCUUGUUGCAUAUCUUCACCACCUUGUGAGGAUCGGAGGAGGAAGCCGGUACAGAUCAAGAAGGUGGUCACGCACCAUGGGGCAGUACAACAUGCUGCACUUGUGCACACGCUCUGCAGGUAGUGCAUUGUUUACCACGCCUCUGCUCGGCAGGUUCGCCAGGACAGUGGGGAUGGGGCUCAGCGAGUGGUGGAACAGGGAGCAUUACUCGUGGGGCAUCGAGAUGCCCAGCCAUGUCAAAGAUCGUGUCGCUCAACAUAUGCUCAAAUUGUACAUGGAUGGGGAUGGGAUCAACUCACUAGGCAUGCUCAGGAAGAGGUGGGGCGAGGAGCCGCUGCUUCGCAAGGGCUUGCUCCACGGCAUACUCAAGGACUCGCUCGGCGUCGAGUUCCAGGAGUGCAUCAUCAUCUGGCACCUCGGCAAGAGUGACCGGGGCGAGGACGAGGAGGCGUCUCUCGACGUCGAGGCAAUCCGGGUAAUCUCCAACUACAUGAUGUUCCUCCUCGUGCAACAGCCGGACAUGCUGCCAGGACUCUCCCAGAACAGGCUCUACCAGCGAACCUGCGAAAGCCUGGUCAACAUUCCUACCCCUGCUAGGCAUCAAAGCAUGGGCAUCUGUGCUAAGCUCAAGAAUCUGUUCCGCCUUCACGACGACCCUGGUUCAAAGGCCAGGGUCGCUGACAGAGAGGAGCUCGCGAAGAUCCUGUAUGACCAGUAUGAGAGCAAAGGCUUCAGCCAUGAUGCUCCUCGUCUCCCCUAUGUAGCCAAGCUUGCAAAGCAGCUGCUAACGAUGCAGGAGGAUGGCACGGCCGACUCGGUGAAACUUGUCCUUGAUGUGUGGACCAAUAUCCUUUUCUACGCGAGCAACAAAUGCAGCAGGAAGGCCCAUGCCGAGAAGCUCAACAGUGGCGGCGAGCUGACGACCAUCCUGUGGCUCAUGGCAGAACACUUCUACCAACUUUAUUGUGAGAGAACUAUCAAAAACGAGAAGGAUCGGUUAUCUACACAAGGACAGGCAUCAGCGGUCAGGCAGGGAGAUGAUGGUAUAUAGUUCUCACGUGUAUUAGCACCAUUUUCCCUUCUUUGUAUUCUUGAUGAAGGCUGA